AUGGUAAAACAGCAUACCAGAAAGCGAUUCAGCUAUGAUUUUGAGGGUGGUUUUCAAGAAAGGGAGUUGGAACUGAUUGAAAUUGAGAACAGUGUACAAACAAAACCGGCCGGAAAUAUUGCUGAUUCACUAUCACAAAUUUUCGUUUUGUGCCCUCGACCAGAGGUACGCCAACAAGCCUACAACAUUUUAGGUGUUAAAAGUAAUCAUGACUUCGCCGUUAAUUUACAAAGCAGGAUUAACGCAUUUUUAAAACACGACUCGAAAAAAAAAGAAAAAAGGUCCUGUUUAGAAAUCAGGAAAGAGAAAGAAUUGGUCAGCAAAUACAUUCGUCUUCAUUUUGGCGACUCGUCAUUUUGUGACCGCAUAAAGGGUUGUCUUGAAGGCACUUCUGAUUUGGUCUCCAGUCAAUCCUUCAAUGCACAGUCAGAGUCGUCUUCGUCCUCCUUAAGCACUAGUGACUUUUCCGACAGCGAUACAGAAGAAUCUGGAAAACUUCGUGAAUCUAACAACGAUGGUUACUACUCGAACGAAGAAAUUAGCGGCAGGACUUUCAGAACGGAACCUUCCAGAUGCAAGUUUUACAAUCGAAUGUCCACGGAUGAUACUGAAUUUUUCCAUGAAAACAUGGUAAGUGAUGGCGAGUUUUCAGAUGGUAACUCCUCCUCAUCAUCAUGGAGUGAAGAAGGCUCAGAUUUUUCGUCUGAUCUGAUAUCUGAUCCAGAAUCGUUAAAAAGUGGUGACGUUUUGAAAGGUCAGGGUAGGAAGGAAAUGCUACCACAAAAAAUGCAUGGUAAUUCUUGAAA